GCCGCUCAAUCUGCUUUCACUGAGCCACUUCUCUCCACAUGGACGCCCCGACGCUCCUCUUGCUCCCCCCUUCUUCUUCCCCCUCUCUUCGCCCUCUUUCUCCCUCUUCCUCCUCGCAACCAUCGCCGCCUCCGCCUCCUCCUCGGCGUCCAAGCAUCUCCUAUCGCAUCGGCAUCUCGAUCACCGAUGCCUCUUCACGGCAGGCGAGAGACGACGCGUGGUCCUGCCUGGUCAUCCUCCUCACAUUCUGGUUCUUCGCCUCCAUGACGUUGAUCCUCGGUUUCUAUGGCUCCUCCAACCUCGUCUUGGGCCCGAAUUCAUCCCGGAUUCUGCGGGCCAAUUCAUGGUUCGUGCAGGAUAUACAGGUUAAAGCGGAAGAGGGGUUGAGGCUCUUCCCGACGCUGUAUGGGUUUCUUGAGCCUCCGCCGCUCGACGUAUUGACGACGUGGUCGGAGAACCGAAACGUGUCCAUGCCAUCCAACUUCCACCAGGAAUGGAUAUACUAUCUCAACGAGGGUGCUCAAGUCGAGAUUACUUACAGCGUGAAAUCACAUGGCACAUACCCAUUGAUCCUCGUCAUCGCACAAGGCAAGGACGACCUUGUUCAAUGGAUUGAGCGACCAUCACAUCCUAAUAUAACACUGUCAUGGUCACUCAUACAUGGUAAUGGAAAAAUUCAGCAGACUAUUGACAAGCCUUCUGAUUAUUAUAUUGCUGUGGGUAAUUUGAACAACAUAGAAAUCCAGGUUCAACUAACCUUCAGAAUCCAGGCAGUCUUGUACAAUACAACUGGGGCAUAUUACAAAUGUUCACUACAUCAGAGGUUCUGUGCUUUGAAGUUGUCCUUACAAAGGGCCAAUGUUGCAAUUCUAACAACUCCAGCCCCAGACCCAACUAUGCAGAUUAGUGAAUGGUAUGUUAAGCUGUCAUAUGGGCCCCGGUGGAUUACUUAUUUUGCAGGAUCAGGUCUGAUGACUCUAAUGAUUUUCAUGGCGUUCCAAAUAUUUAGCAGUCUACGGUGUGACACUCAAGAAAAUACUACUCAUCAAACAGCAGAGGUGACAACCGAGAGGCGUCCUCUGCUUGCUAACAAGGAUGAUGACAGUCAGAGCUUAGGAUCAUCCUAUGAAUCUGUUUCCCAUGAUGAGGAAGAUAUUGAAGAGCAGCCUGCAACAGGACCAGAGUUGCUUAAAGAUGGGGAAAUCAACAACUCCCAGGAGCUCUGCGCCAUCUGUUGUGAUGCUCCGAGGGAUUGUUUCUUUCUUCCUUGUGGACACUGUGCCAUGUGCUUUACAUGUGGGACAAGGAUAUUGGGUGAGGCUGGCAUAUGUCCCAUCUGCCGGAGGAAGAUGAAGAAAGUGAGGAAAAUUUUUGCAGUUUGAGGUGAAUGGGUGAUAAUAUGCCCCACUCGCAAUUCCACGCGGUAAUAUAAUUUGCAUGCCCUGUUAUUGUAGUGGUUGGCUUGAGAUCAUCCUAAGCACAUAAGUUGGAAACCUCAUUGUGCUGCUUCUUAAUAAGAUUGCAUCUCAAUCCUACUUGGUGGAAAAGGCUAGACGUUACAUGAAGUUUAAACUCUAAAGACUAAAAUGUUGUUCAGAUCCUCUUAGUGAUCAGGAUAAAGUUAAACACAUGGUGAUUAUAGUUUGACAGGCCUAAUAUAAUAUGAUGUAUAACUAUAAUCAAUGCCUUUUCACUGUGUACUUUG